UGUUCCCCUAGUCCGCAGUGACCUCCGCACCUCCAGUGUGCACCUCUGAGGACGUGGAACUUCCUCCGGGGGGCGGGUGAUGUAUUUUAUUUUUCUAAUGAGAAUUUUGAGGCGAAAUAAUGACCAUUAGGAAAAUUUGACGAUCUGUAGAAGAGGGCGGGAGUGGGAGGGAGCGAGAGCGCGUGCUCCUGGGGGUCGCUGCUACUGAAGAACGUCGUAGAAAUCCUAGGAGUCUAAUCUGGGAGUUGGGGAGGGGUUUUGUUCUUAUGCCCACGCUAUUCAUAGCUUCUCCUCGCGAGCUUUACAUUUUGGCCCCUAGGUUUAGCUGGAGUCCUUAGGCUUGGUUCCAAGGGCGUUUUAUAAAAGUCCAUGACAAAAUGAUGCUUGUGUAAUGUACCUAGGUUGGUAAAUUAAAACAAUGAUAAUAAGGUGGGCGCUUCCGAAGGCCGGAGCGCCCGAAGGCCGGCUCUUCCAUCAUCGGCGGGGGCCGUGGGUUGCCUCUAAGAGUCCUCAGUUUGCAACGGGAGGCGAAACACGAGCGGAUAACCGAGGAGGCGACAGCGCUGGCGCCGCCUGAGCUCCUAACUCCUCUCUCCCCAAGUCUAGUGCCGCUCGGCUCUCCGCCUCUUCUCAAAGCCUCUAGGGUUCUUCAAUCUUUUACAGCUCCACUCCUUUUCAUCCCUAGAAGUGCAGCUCCCGCAUCCCGGGCACUGCACACUGAGGUCGGGCGACUCUGCCUAGUGUGGGUCCAGGGCAUGAGCGCCACAGUCUCCGCGCGCAAUUGGGGAGGCCAGAAAUGAGGGUGAGAGCCUGGAUGCCCCCGGGUCAGAGACCCAGGAAUCCCUCCCAAGGAAGGACUUCGGGCCCUCCGUUGUUCUGUAUCUGGCCCCCUGAGCACUUCUGUACUGCCUUUUCUGGCUUGGGGACAAUGAAGUGUCGUGGGUCAAGGCCGGCCUCAUACAGAGGGGCUCACCGAGGCCCAGCCCCUGCUCUCGGCCUGCCCCCAAAACGAACUAUUAGAAGGUCCCAGCUGACACCCGGCCUGGGCGAUGGGUCGCGCGGCAAACUCCGAAGAAGUGGCGGUGUUCAUUCGUUCAAGGGACUAUUGAGAGCCAGUGUUCGAUUUCACUGGAAAAAUCUAAAAACCUUAGAGCCCUGAACCGAUUUCGUCUUUUGGAGAGAGAAGGGUGUGUGGAGAGAAAAAGAAGGCCCAGUCGUGUGGACCACUUGGGGAGGGAACCCGGAGAGGAGUUGCUCUUCCUUUGAAACUGUGUCCUCCAUCCCAGAGCUUUGGGGGUCAGGAUUUAGCCUGUUCACCUCGGGACUUUUUCCGGUCGCCGAAAGUUAUUAGCACUAGAGUGGAGUUGAGGGCAAACUCCUCCCCCAGAGUAAGGUAGACACCCAGGCCUCUCCUUCCAGACCUAACACCCGGGCUUCUCCGAACUAUAAUUAAUAGUCAAGAGCAAGUUUUUGGCACAUUUCUUUCUCCCUCCCUCGCGGGUGGUGGAGAUGUUGGUUCCCCGAGGCCAGAAACUUUCACUCGAAUUGGCGGGGCAGAGGCCGGCGCCGGCUGUUUUCCAAAUGCCCGCGUACUUCUUUCUUCUUCCCCUCCGGCUCUCGGUCCUCUUCCGUGCCUCAGGCCAAGUCGCCAGUCCGCGAAGUUUUGUUUCCUUUCUAUCAUGCAGAAAAUUAAUCAGCCAGGACGAGAAGCAGAGCCGAGCACGACGGCCUGUAAUUAAGGGACGUGUGCCCCUCGGAUUAUCUCGUUAGUUUAUCAAGAAAACAUUUAUUAUAAUUAAUUCUCGGACGAGUUCCUCCACUCCAAAUCCACCCAUCAAGGACCCUGACCCUGUCCACUCCAGGCGAAUCGAGACCGUCCGGCUGGGUCCCCCCAAUUUGGGCCGACUUUGCGCCUCCAAACAACCUUAGCAUGAUGUCUUAUCUAAAGCAACCGCCUUACACAGUCAAUGGGCUGAGUCUGACCACUUCGGGAAUGGAUUUGCUGCAUCCCUCCGUGGGCUACCCGGGUCCCUGGGCUUCUUGUCCUGCAGCCACCCCCCGGAAACAGCGGCGGGAGAGGACUACAUUCACUAGGGCACAGCUGGACGUUCUGGAAGCUCUGUUUGCAAAGACCCGGUACCCAGACAUCUUCAUGCGGGAGGAGGUGGCGCUGAAAAUCAACUUGCCAGAGUCCAGGGUGCAGGUAUGGUUUAAGAAUCGAAGAGCUAAGUGCCGGCAGCAGCAGCAGCAGCAACAGAACGGGGGUCAGAACAAAGUGAGACCUGCCAAGAAGAAGAGCUCUCCAGCUCGGGAAGUGAGUUCAGAGAGUGGAACAAGUGGCCAGUUCACUCCCCCCUCUAGUACCUCAGUCCCAACCAUUGCCAGCAGCAGCGCUCCAGUGUCUAUCUGGAGCCCAGCUUCCAUCUCCCCACUGUCUGACCCUUUGUCCACCUCCUCCUCCUGCAUGCAGAGGUCCUAUCCCAUGACCUACACUCAGGCUUCAGGUUAUAGUCAAGGCUAUGCUGGCUCAACUUCCUACUUUGGGGGCAUGGACUGUGGAUCUUAUUUGACCCCUAUGCAUCACCAGCUUCCUGGACCUGGGGCCACACUCAGUCCCAUGGGUACCAAUGCUGUUACCAGCCAUCUCAAUCAGUCCCCAGCUUCUCUUUCCACCCAGGGAUAUGGAGCUUCAAGCUUGGGUUUUAACUCAACCACUGAUUGCUUGGAUUAUAAGGACCAAACCGCCUCUUGGAAGCUUAACUUCAAUGCUGACUGCUUGGAUUAUAAAGAUCAGACAUCCUCAUGGAAAUUCCAGGUUUUGUGAAGACCUGUAGAAGCUAUUUUUGUGGGUGAUUUUUAAAUAUGCUGGGCUGGACAUUCCAGUUUUAGCCAGGCAUUGGUUAAAAGAGUUAGAUGGGAUGAUGCUCUCAGACUCCUGAUCAAAGUUACCGAGAGGCAUAGAAGGAAAAAGGAAGGGCCUUAGAGGGGUCCAUCAACCAGCAACCUGAAAUGGACAAACCAAUCUACUUAAGAUUCUGUUAUAGUUCUAGAUCAUUGGUUUCCUGAUUUGCAAAUGAUUGAUCAAAUAUAUUCUAGCAACAUGCAACCAAACACCACUUAAAACAAAAAUCAAACAAAACUGAGUUGUGAGGGAAGGGAGGGAAGGCCAUGGCCUUCGAAGCAGGGGUGAUCCGGUGUUUUAGCCAAUCUUUGGUUGAAUCUUAGGAAUGGACAGUGUCCCAAGCUCAUUCACGUUUCAUGACCAACUGGUAGUUGGCACUGAAAAACUUUUCAGGGCUGUGUGGAUUGUGCGACUGAUUGUCCUAGAUGCACUACUUUAUUUAAAAAAAAAAAGAUACCGCUCAUAUGGAGUCAAUAUGUAGUUUAAGAGACAAUCAGUGUGUGUCUUAUAUAAAUGGUACAUCUGUGGUUUUUAAUCUGUGCUAGACUUCAAAACUGUGAUCUCCUGUUAUUGUAUGCAACCUUGAACUCCACCUCUGCAGGGGUUCUUCUGUGAUUAAAUAGGUUAUAAUUAUAAGCAAAAUUCAGAGCAACUGAAUACUGAUCUAGAAAGAUUACCUUGGGCUGGAGGUGAGCUGCCCUGCUGUCUCUGGACAAGGAUGGAGAAGAAGCAAAAGGACCCUAAUUCACCCGUAAUUUAAUGUUGGUAAGCCUGGCAGGAAAAAAAGACAUUGGUCAAUCGCUCUGACCUGGAUGGAUUUUAAACUGAGAUCAUUGUCAUUUAUGCUUGCAGAUGUUAACUGGAAGUUAUAUAUGCAUAAACCCUUCCUGGAUUUGGCAGAUAUGUAUAAUUAUAUUAAAAUGGUUCUAGCACAACGUUGGGUCUAGUUUAAUUUUAUACCAUUGCUUAUGAAGGAAAAGCCCCAUGCUCGGCCUCAAAGUUACUUCCAACAUUUUUAUUGUAAGGCAGAGGAGAUGUUACUUAUUUCAUUCCUUCUGUUUCUACUUUUUCCCUUGCUGAUCUGUGAAGAAGUCAGAUGUGAAUGACAGUGAUUUGUAAACUUUUGUGACAUCCCUCAGGAUUGCUCCAAACCUGGAAGUUACUCCUCUCAGCCAGCCAUUAACACCUUUCCCUCCCUUGCCACAAGCUUGAAUUGAAUUGCUAGGCUCUUUGUCAGUAUGAUUUUUUUUUUUGAUGGAUCAGUGGGUUUUUUUUUGUUGUUGUUGUUUUUGUUUUGCGGGGUAUGGGGGUGGACUGCAAAUUUUCAGAAAAUAAGAAUGUCAAGAAUUUCUUGUUUCAGUUCUCUAGGAGCAUUUUUUUUCUUUAACUUAAAAAAAAAAAAAGGCUGAGGUUAAAGAUGAGAAGAGGGAGUGUGAUCAGAAUCUGAAUGGAAUCCAGGCAGAAUGAUUUCUGAACAAAAGAGUUUCAGAAAACUUUAAAAACCUAUAAUUACAGUAGUGGAACAUAAGGCACCCACCAUCAGUGCCUUGUGAGGUGUGUGUGAGCUGGGGGAGGGGAGGAUUCCCGUUUUGGUUGUAGGAGUUACUAGAAAGGACAUGGCCAAUGACCUGUGGUGCUCCUCUGGUAAAAAUUACUUAAUUUCACCUUAAAAGUCUUGUGUUCUUAAAUUUGACCAAAAUUCAAUGGCUCUUGAUUGUAUCCCUGUAAAUGAAGGUUAGAAGUUGCAA